UUCCUCUUUUCCUCUUCCCUCUUCUGUUGCUCUUCACGUAGACGGUGCAAUGGCGUCUGGUACUCUCUACACAUACCCGGAAAAUUUCCGCGCCUACAAGGCUCUGAUCGCAGCCCAAUACUCUGGGGCUCAGGUCAAGAUCGCGGACGAUUUUGUCUUCGGUGAUACCAACAAAUCCAAGGCCUUCUUGAAAAAAUUCCCCCUUGGCAAGGUUCCAGCUUUCGAAUCCAAGGAUGGCAAAUGCCUGACUGAAAGUAAUGCCAUCGCAUACUAUGUGGCAAACGAACAAUUGAGGGGAAAGACGGAUCUGGAGCGCGCAGAGGUCAUCCAAUGGUUUGGGUUUGCCGAUUCGGAAAUUCUGCCUGCAAGUUGCGCAUGGGUAUUUCCUUUGCUAGGAAUCAUGCCAUUCAACAAGCAGGCAGUGGAAAAUGCGAAGGAGGACGUCAAGAAAGCACUGAAUGCGUUGAACACUCACUUACUCACGAAGACCUUCUUAGUUGGAGAGCGCUUGACCCUGGCUGAUAUUAGUGUAGCAACGACCUUGCUGAAUCUUUAUCAGUAUGUCCUGGAACCAAGCCUACGCAAACCCUACCAGAAUGUGAACAGGUGGUUCCAAACUGUCAUCUACCAGCCCGAAUCAAUUGCCGUCAUUGGUGCCUUCAAAUUGGCUGACAAAACUUUGGAGUACGACCCCAAGAAGUUCGCCGAAGUUCAAGGAAAGGUUGCUGCGCCGAAGAAGGAAAAGAAGGAAGAAAAGAAAAAGGAGUCGAAGAAGGAAAAGGAGGCCGAACCUGCCGAAGAACUCGACGCUGCCGAUGCUGCUUUGGCGGCUGAGCCUAAAUCUUCCAACCCUUUCGACUCUAUGCCUAAAGGUACUUUCGACAUGGAAGAUUUCAAGCGCUUCUAUUCUAAUGAAGAUGAGUCCAAAUCCGUACCCUACUUCUGGGAGAAGUUCGAUCCUCAGAAUUAUAGCAUCUGGCUCGGAGAGUAUAAAUACAACGAUGAAUUAACGAAGGUAUUUAUGUCCUGUAAUCUAAUUAGUGGAAUGUUCCAACGUCUCGAUAAAAUGAGAAAGGCUGCUUUCGCGAGUUCGUGCCUUUUCGGCACAGACAACGACAGUACUAUCAGCGGAAUUUGGGUCUGGCGUGGACAGGAUCUCGCUUUCUCGCUAAGUCCCGACUGGCAGGUCGACUACGAAUCUUAUAAUUGGACAAAGUUAGAUCCGACUGAACCAGAGACGAAGGACUUGGUGAAGCAAUACUUCAGCUGGACUGGUACCGACAAACAAGGACGAAAAUUCAAUCAAGGGAAGGUUUUCAAAUAAGCGUGCGUCUCAGGCUGAUCAAACAAGAUCCGUGCUCACAAACACAAAAAUAAAGCUGUGAAAAAUGAACGUCAAAAAAGUUUCAAUCCAUGAGAAACUCACGGAUCCUCCUGCAUUUUGUUCCUCAAUCAUUUUUCCUAAUCUACAACUUAAAUUUUAUUUUGUUACGAGUUUGUCGAUGUCACCCGUAAACGUAAGCUCGAAGUACUGUCCUCGUAUCUUUUCAAUGUACAAUAAAAACCGCCUUGAUUUUUAAUCACGCUUUGUUGAGACUUGCGUUGCUUAAUGAGAAAAUGAGGGAAUAUCAGUUACAAUUCAUUCAUUACAAACAUUCGAAUGAAGUGUGCAAUGUGUUAUUUAUUGUUGAAAACUGCAUUUCUUCUAGCGACGCAUUUUUUUGAGAUUAGGACGUUUUAUCGAGUGAGAAACAUUACGUUGAUUUGAUCGAAUUAAGAUUUUGUAUGUCAGUAGUGAAAGCAUUAAAUAUGGAAGAGUCUGAAAAGAAUUUACUCUACACAAUUGUUUUGUUUUUUUUAAAUAAUAUUCUAAUCAUAAA